CAUCACUUCCCAGCUGUGUUUCGUUUUGUGUCUUACACUAUAUCAUGUCGCCUGUAUAGUUUCUCUCCUCUACUCUAGUUCCCCUCGGCCUGUUCUGUCGGCUGCACGCCAACGCCAUGGACGUGACCUUCGAAACCGUCGCCGAGCUCGUCUACUACCUCGGGCACCCGCCAACCUCGAAGCUCCGCCACGAUUCUGAUGGUCGCCGCCCUCCCCUCUCUCCGACUUGGAUCUUCGCAUCAUGGGUCAAGAGCCUUCCACCUUCGCUGCCGCCGAAGACGACUGCGCGCCUCUUCCGUCUCUUGUUCCCACACGAGGGCAAUCGGCGCCGGUACGGACUGCGAGAAACCAAGUUGGCGGCCGAGCUGGAGUCAUUGCUCGCCAUACAGGGAUUGACCCGGUGGGAUGCCGUUGGGUGGGAAGGCGUGGGCGGGCUGGGAUGUCUCGGCGAUGUCGUGGCACACGCCGUGCGUGAACGCAUACCCGAUACAACGAGGUCCCUCAUAUCGAUCACGGAGGUCGACUCACUGCUUGACGAACUAGCUGCAUACUCUCCCUACUCGCAGCUCUCACAGACUCCCGUCGCCCCUCAGUCACCCAGCACCAUUCUUCGGCGGUUGUACCGCGAGGCUGGGCUAAGCCCUCGUGCGAUGGCUGUACUUACCCAGGUCAUUCUUCGCGACCUGCGCCCCCUCCUCUCGCCCCUCCCGCCCAUGCGGGCGCGUCAUCCCACGCUCUUGCUGCGGGUCCCGGCGUCCGCAGGACCCGCCCAACUCGGCCUCCAUGACGCGAUGUGGGUGUGGGAUCCCGCUAUGGCCCGCUUGUUCCGUGACGGCAAGGGCUGUAUGGAGUGGUGUGCCGCCGCGGCGGAGGCCAUGAGGGCCGGAGAGUUGUUCGCCACCGGCCCGGUGGUGGGGGUCAACGUCCAGAUCCCCAAGUGCUCGAAGGGUCGCUCCGUCCGAGAUGCACUCAAAGGCUUCAUCGACAACCGCAGCAGCACGGUCUGGGCUGAGACAAAGUACGACGGCUAUCGAAUGCAGAUCCACGUCAAGGCGAAUCCAAAGGUGGAGAUCACAAUCUUCAGCAAGUCCAAGCGCAAAAGCACGCUCGAUCGGAAGCAUACCCAUGCCCUAAUCUUUGCCGCUCUUGGUUUGCCUGUGCAGGAUGCAGCUCAUCCAUUGCUCCUCGCCCGACUCCCCCAAAGGGUGCAGACACUCUCCUCUGUCAUUCUCGAGGCGGAAGUGGUACCAUGCAAUGAGGGCCAGCGGGAGGGUGGCCGUGGACCGGGUAUCGAAGAAUUCUGGCGCCUCCAGGCCGCUGGCGUAAACUCCGAAAUGACGCCUAGCUUGCCCAGUGGACAUCGUCACCUUUGCCUUGCAUUCUUCGACAUCCUGCAUCUCGACGGGGAAAGCCUCCUUAAUUCGCCUUACUGCGAGCGUAGGCGGCUAUUGGAGAGCGUGGUGUUUCCGAUCGAGGGCUUCUCCUUUAUUGCUUCACGAUUCGAGAUCCCCGUUCACCUUGGCGCGUCUCACGCUGAAGAGAUCUUACAGAGAGCAUUUCAGCGCUGCUGUGAUAGCAGGGACGAGGGUCUUGUGCUUAAGGCUGAAGAGUCGGUGUACAUCGACAAGCGGUUCCGCUGGGUAAAACUCAAGAAAGAUUACAUUCCGAACGUAGGCGACAGCGUUGAUCUUGUCGUCCUUGGCGCUGGCUGGGACAUGGACCGAGCCCGCGAGCUUCGAGUCGAUACCUCAGUCUUCACCACCUUUUGCAUAGGCUCGUUGACCAACCGCGAAGGCGUGACAAAGCACAGACUCGUCCCACACUUUAAGUUCCUCUUCACCGCGUCAUACGGAAUGACGCGAGAGCAGCUUGAGGUAUACAACGAGAACAUCCGGCUGCGGCGGUGGGCUAGCAAGCCCUUCGACAAAGAUGACAAAUGGAAGCGGCGGCUCAUCGGCCUGUCGUGGAAGUACGACAUGCCAAUGAAUAUGAAGCCACCCUCUGUGCUCUUUGAGACACCUCUGUGCGCCGAGGUCAUGGGCGCGGGGUUUCAACGCCUACCUAGAUCUGAUCUGUACGAGCUGCGCUGGCCACGUCUACAGAAGAUCUUUGACCGAAGCGAACGAUCCUGGGCAGACGGUGAGGCGGCUCUCUACAGUAUGUCUGGCCUGACAGCAGCACUCGACGCACCGGCCCUCCUUCGCGUGGCUCACCAGUCGCUUGGGUAUAUCACACCUGCAACUCCGCCCCCGUUAUCUCCAGAGAAGGACAGCAUCGAGGCCCUGUGGCGGUCGAAGAGCACUGCCGUCGUCGAUAUCCCAGAUACGCCUACACCGAGGCGCAACGGCAGGAUCGGCCCGCGCCUCUCCGCACCGACGGUGCUCAAGUUUUCCCCUCCCACCCCAAGGCCUGAUCGUAACACGUCUCCGACGUCACCACUGGCCGGCAAGCGGAGAGUCGCGGGUGCGCCGAUCAGGUCUCCCGCAGCUCGGAUGCUGUUCCAGAGCCCACAAGACACCUCACACAAACGCCGGCGACUGUUGCCACCGUCCCCUCCCCCAACAUCACCAGCAUCAGCCUUGGAGCCUCCUCUUGAGCUCGGAGCACUGCAAGAGCAUCCCAACUCAGCGCUGGUGGGCCUCCCGACGCCGGCGGUGAGCUCACCCACACGUGAGCAGGGCAUGCUUACGCGCAAGACGCGCCCCGAGUCACCUUCAGCUGUCUCGAGCUCCCCCCCGCCCUUGCUUCCAGGGCUGCACUGCUUCACACCGCCCCCAUCAUCGUCGACACCACCAACCUCCCCGUGGCCGCCCACUCUUCGGCCCCUCCGAGCACUUUCCAUCCGCUCGCGCCUCGUCCUCCACUCUCGGCGAUUGCGUGCACGCGCGGAACACGAGUGUCAGGACUAUUUAUCAUAGCGCAUCUCAGUCUUUGAUCUCCGUACCUGCCUAUGUCAGAC